CCUGCAGCAGCAAGUGACAUUUAUCAUAAAAAAAUUCAAAGACUUGGAUGCUGUCUCAUUCAUAUUCAAAACAAAUGCGGACAAUACCAUUUUCUUCCCCCAUCUUCUGUCUUUCUGUGUCUCAGUCUCUGCAUUUUCCAACCACUCCAACAAUAAUUCCAUUUUCAUCUGUCAAUGGCUCUGGCACCUGUAUCUUCAGACUCUAUAAAGCCCAGAGAUGUAUGCAUUGUUGGUGUUGCGCGCACACCGAUUGGUGAGUUUCACGGUGCUCUGUCAUCUAUUCCGGCAACCAAGCUUGGCUCUAUAGCUAUUGAAGCUGCUCUUAAAAUGGCGAAAGUUGAUCCAUCACUUGUACAAGAAGUGUACUUUGGGAAUGUUUUCAGUGCUAAUUUGGGGCAAGCUCCUGCGAGACAAGCUGCUCUUGGAGCAGGAAUUCCCAACUCAGUUGUCUGCACUACUAUUAACAAACUUUGUGCAUCAGGAUUGAAAGCUACAAUUCUUGCUGCACAGAGUAUUCAAUUAGGCAUAAAUGAUGUGGUUGUGGGUGGUGGCACGGACAACAUGUCUAAUGUGCCUAAGUACUUGCCACAUGCAAGGAAAGGAUCCCGCCUUGGACAUGAAACGGUUAUUGAUCCAAUUUUGAAAGAUGGUUUGAUGGAUGUGUAUAAUCAAAUUGACAUGGUAGACUGUGCUGAACUGUGUGCAGAAAAAUUUUCAAUAUCAAGAGAAGAACAGGAUGCCACUGCAAUUUUGAGCUAUGAGCGUGGAAUUGCUGCGCAGGAAUGUGGUGCUUUUAAAUGGGAAAUUGUUCCAGUUGAAGUCUCUGGGGGAAAGGGAAAACCUUCAAUUAUUGUUGAUAAAGAUGAAAGUCUAGAUAAGUUUGAUGCUGCCAAGUUGCGUGAACUUCCACCAGCUUCCGAGAAUGGAGGUUCUAUUACUGCAGGCAAUGCUUCUAGUAUGGGUGAUGGUGCUGCUGCACUAGUUUUGGUGAGUGGAGAGAUAGCUCUGAAGCUUGGGCUUCAAGUUAUUGCAAGAAUCAGGGGAUAUGCUGAUGCUGCUAAGGCACCAGAGGAUUUUUCAACAGCUCCAAGUCUUGCCAUUCCCAAAGCUCUUUCCCAUGCUGGGUUGGAUGCUUCAGAAAUUGAUUUCUUUGAAAUUAAUGAAGCAUUUUCGGUUGUGACUCUUUGCAAUCAGCAGCUUCUUGGAAUUAAUUCAGAAAAACUAAAUUUGCAUGGCGGAGCUGUAUCCUUGGGGCAUCCUCUUGGUUGCAGUGGGGCUCGUAUCCUGGUGACACUUUUAGGGGUCCUGAAGCGUAACAAUGGGAAAUAUGGAGUUGGUGCUUCUUGCAAUGGAGGUGGUGGAGCUUCUGCCCUUGUUUUGGAGCUUGUGUAAGGUCCUUUUCAAGUAAAGUCAAUGUGGCUGCAAAUUUAGUUCAACAAAGUCUACCUUCCCUUUAUCUUAUUUUAUGACUUUGUUUGAAUAAGCACAGUUUUAAUAUAAAAAGGGAUUCCAAAUAAGUUAUUAAAUAUUUGGAUGAUAUUUGUACAAGGUACAAGCACUUAUUUAAAUAAUAAGGGGCAUUUGGAUAAAA